CGGAUCCCGGAUCCCACCCCGGUUCCCCCUUUCCCAGGGGAGUUCAUCAAGACGUGGCGCCCGCGGUACUUCCUGCUCAAGAGCGACGGCUCCUUCCUGGGCUUCAAGGAGCGGCCGGAGCCGCCGGACCUGGCCCUGCCCCCCCUCAACAACUUCUCCGUGGCCGGUCCGUGGCUCAGGGGGAGGGGCUGGGGGGGACGGACACGCCCCUUUUCCUGCUGGUUUGGGGGUGGUCCCGAUGUCCGACCCGGCACCGACCCCAAGGCCGGUCAUUCCAGUCCCAACGUUGAUCCCAACGUUGACCCCAAUUCCAAUCCCAACAUUGAUCCCAACGUUGACCCCAAUUUCAAUCCCAACAUGGAUCCCAAUGUUGACCCCAGUGCCAAUCCCAACAUUGAUCUCAACACUGAUCCCAACAUUGACCCCAAUGUUGACCCCGGCAUUGAUCUCAAAGCCAAUCCCAAAGUCAAUCCCAGUAUCGAUCCCAGUGUCAACCCCAACAUCAACCCCAAAAUUGAUCCCAGUGUUGAUCCCAACGUUGAUCCCAGCAUCGAUCCCAAUGUCAAUCCCAAAUUGGGUCCCAAACUCUUGCCCAACCCCGACCCCAAUCCCAGUGCCAAUCCCAACGUUGACCCCGGUGCCAACCCCAGUAUUGACCCCAGUGCCAAUCCCAGUAUUGAUCCCAGUGCCAAUCCCAGUACUGACCCCAGUGCCAACCCCAGUAUUGAUCCCAAUGCCAAUCCCAGUACUGACCCCAGUGCCAAUCCCAACGUUGACCCCAGUGCCAAUCCCAGUAUUGAUCCCAGUGCCAAUCCCAGUAUUUACCCCAGUGCCAACCCCAGUAUUGAUCCCAGUGCCAAUCCCAGUAUUGAUCCCAGUGCCAACCCCAGUAUUGAUCCCAGUGCCAACCCCAGCACUGACCCCAACCCCACCCCAGUACUGAUCCCAGUGCCAACCCCAGAGUGCCAACCCCAGCUCACCCCGGCCCCGAUCCCUCGGGAUCUGUCCUUGUCCCCCCAUUCCAGGGAGGAAUGGAUCCGGGCCAUCCAGACCGUGGCCAACAGCCUCAAGGCCCGGGAGCCGCCGCCGCCCGAGGAUCCCAUGGAAUUCCAGGGCGGAUCCCCGGGAUCCGACGACCCCGACGCGCCCGCCGGCAAAUCCCGCCCCAAGGCCACCAUGAACGACUUCGAUUACCUGAAGCUGCUGGGAAAAGGCACCUUUGGGAAGGUGAUCCUGGUGCGGGAAAAGGCCUCGGGCCGUCACUACGCCAUGAAGAUCCUGCGCAAGGACGUCGUCAUCGCCAAGGACGAGGUGGCCCACACGGUGACCGAGAGCCGGGUCCUGCAGAACACGCGACAUCCCUUCCUGACCGCCCUAAAAUACGCCUUCCAGACCCACGACCGGCUCUGCUUCGUCAUGGAGUACGCCAACGGAGGAGAGGUGGGACGGGGGGCCUCAAUCCAUGGAUUUGGGGGGCCUCAAUCCCUGGGUUUGGGGGUCAGGAUCCCUGGAUUUGGGGGCCUCAAUCCAUGGAUUUGGGGGAGCCUCAAUCCCUGGGUUUGGGGGUCAGGAUCCCUGGAUUUGGGGGCCUCAAUCCAUGGAUUUGGGGGAGCCUCAAUCCCUGGGUCCUGGAAGACAACGACUAUGGACUGGUGGGGUCUGGGGGUGGUGAUGGACGAGGGGCAGGUCCUGGAAGACAAUGACUACGGACUGGUCCUGGAAGACAACGACUAUGGACUGGUCCUGGAAGACAACGACUAUGGACUGGUCCUGGAAGACAACGACUACGGGCGCGCCGUGGACUGCCAGGUCCUGGAAGACAACGACUACGGGCGCGCCGUGGACUGGUGGGGCCUGGGCGUGGUGAUGUACGAGAUGCUCUGCGGGCGCCUCCCGUUCUACAACCAGGACCACGAGCGGCUCUUCGAGCUCAUCCUGGGCCAGGAGCUGCGCUUCCCGCGGGCCCUCGGCCCCGAGGCGCGGCACCUGCUCGGGGGGCUGCUCAGGAAGGACCCCAAGCUCAGGUGAGCGCACCUGGGGGCACCUGGGCACACC